GGGAUUCACAGAUCAUCAGGGAGCUGAGCAGGCACACUGGUCGCUUUGGGACUAAUUUACUUCAGAGGACUACAUCCCUCAUCACUGAUAACAUUAAAGAAAAACAUAAGAGCUGAAAACAUAAACUCCAGAGCACAGACAUGGGACUGCUGCGUGUUGAAGAACUGGUAACUGGGAAGAAAAGCGAGGGAAAGAGAACAGGAGAGGGUUGUGCAGAGGUGUUUCCUACAGGAGAAUAUGAGACCACCAUCAUUCAAGAGAAACAGGAUGGUGUUCAGACGCACAAGGACCCCAAUGAAACCAUCCAGAAUGACAUCAGACAGAGCGAACAAAACAUCAAACUGAAUGUCGACCGGUCAGGGUAUUUAAAACUGGAGACUGUAGAAGACCUCUACAACAUUUUGCAGCUGAGAAAGAGGAGGAAGGAAAGAAAGACUCAAAAGCCGAAGAAACAGCCAGAGCCUGACAUCCUGCCUGAAACCGUUGACCAGACUUUGUUUCUGAAGGCUGUAACAGAAAAUAAACUCCCUGUGGUUGAGAAAUAUUUGUCAGAUGGUGGAGAUCCCAAUGCCUGCGAUGAUUUUAAGCGCUCAGCUCUGCAUAAGGCCAGUGCACAAGGUCAUAUAGAGAUCAUGCAGAAACUCCUGGAGAGAGGAGCAUCAAUGGAACAUAAAGAUAAGCUGGAUGCCACAGCUGUGCACUGGGCCUGCAGAGGUGGAAGCCUCCCUGCCCUGGAGUUUCUGCUGAAUGAAGGAGCCAAAUUCAAUUCUAGAGACAAGCUUAGUAGUACUCCCCUCCAUGUUGCAGUUCGAACAGGACAUUACGAGUGUGCUGAGCAUCUCAUUCAUUGUGGAGUUGAUGUGAACGCUAAAGACCGGGAUGGAGACACACCCAUGCAUGAUGCAGUGCGGAUAAAUAGAUUUAAGAUGAUAAAACUGUUGAUGAUGUAUGGAGCCAGUCUUCAUGCUAAAAACAAUGAUGGAAAGACACCUAUGGAGAGCCUGCUUUCAUGGCAAAAAGGAGUAAAAAACAUCCUGAAUAAUUUUAAUGAAGAGGCAGAACCAAAGCCAAACGACUCAACUUCCUUCCUUCUGCUGAACUAAGUGUCACUUUAUUUCUUUCUUUCUUUCUUUCUUGUUAAAAAAUGAAAUUGAGCAGUGCUUGCAAAAAUUGUGGAUAUUUGCAAUGAUGAUUCUAAUUGCUGGCAAUAGAGCAUCAAAUAUAUUUAUGAGGUUAUUUGUAAAUACUGUUUUCUUAAGCUGAAGAUUUAAAAAAGGGAAACUUCAGUGAGUGGCCUGAGAGUUGUUUAUUGGGUGGUUGGUUGUGUGUUUGUUUGUUUGUUUGUUUGUUUAUUUAUUUAUUUGUGCGUUUAUUUAAUAUAAUUUUCAUUGGUUUAAGAUCAGUGAAUACACUGAAAUAAUGUCCAUGGCUAUGUUUUGAUCUUUUGAGAGAUUUAGGCUACUGCAAUUGUCUGGACAGACUAGAAACAGAACUGGAACAGAAUGUAAAUGCGGGUCUGAGUAUGUUUACUUAAGUGAAGUUUAUAAUGAUGAAUUUUUUUGUAACAAUAGAUUGGAAUUGAGAAAGAUAUGGAACUGUAUAGAUGGAAGUCCCUAAAAAAAGCACUUCAGAAACAUGUUUAAUUUGUUAUUUCCAUGAACACUUUCAUAAAAUAGUGCACUAUUCUAAUUUACUGUACAUGUAAAUAAAAUGGUUGCUAUUUUGUGCCUUGA